UUCCCACAAUCCUUAGCUUCUGUCUCUCUCAGCUCCAGCCUGUUCUUCCGGUGGAGAUGGCUGCGGCCCUGGCUGGGACGUUACGAAGGGGUCUCCUGCCCCAGGCGGGCCGGCUGCCCACCUGCCAGACUGUCCGCUAUGGCUCCAAGGCUGUUACCCGCCAUCGUCGCGUGAUGCACUUUGAGCGGCAGAAGCUGAUGGCUCUGACUGAGUACAUCCCCCCCAAGCCCGCUGUCAACCCACGAUGCCUACCGUGUCCUCCCAGGCCCCCACAGGAGGAGACAGGCCUCAUCCGGCUCCUCCGUCGGGAGAUAGAUGCGGUUUUCCGAGACAACCGAAUGAUAGCUGUCUGUCAGAACGUGGCUCUGAGUGCAGAGGACAAGCUUUUCAUGCGACACCAGCUGCGGAAACACAAGAUCUUGAUGAAGAUCUUCCCUAACCAGGUUCUGAAGCCCUUCCUAGAGGAUUCCAAGUACCAAAACCUGCUGCCCCUCUUCGUGGGGCACAACUUGCUGCUGGUCAGUGAGGAGCCCAAAGUCAAGGAGAUGGUGCGCAUCUUGAAGGGGAUGCCCUUCCUGCCCCUGCUAGGUGGCUGCAUUGAUGACACCAUCCUCAGCAGGCAGGGUUUCCUCAACUACGCCAAGCUUCCCAGCCUGGCCCUGGUGCAGGGGGAGCUGGUAGGAGGGCUCACCUUCCUCACAGCCCAGACCCACUUCCUGCUCCAGCACCAGCCCCUCCAGCUGACGGCCCUGUUGGAGCAGUACCUCAGACAGCGACGCGGAGGGGACGCCACUGUGCCCGCCGGAGGCCAGCCUGGCUCCGCUGACCCCGCUCCAGACGCCUAGCCAGCCUGUUGUACCCAGCCUGCCCACAGACACACUGUGCCCCUGCUGGCCGUGCCAUCCUCAUCCGAGAUGUGGAAGAACUUGGGGUGGGGAGUGGCAUGUGUUACCCGACUUCCUUGGCCACAACCUCCUUGGAAACAGGGCCACUCAGAGAUGGGGAGGCACUCCGUUACCCCAUUUCCCAGUGGAGGCUCUUAAUCACUGUCUUUGUCCCUAGUUUUUCCCAAACUGGGGCCUAGUAGAAGCAGUCUUUCCGCUCUCCACGUCCAAGGCAGAGAAGCUGAACAGAUGAGGAUGUUCUCUCUGCCUCCGUGUCCACUGUCCCUUGCUGCACGUGUCUCCCAGCCUGUCCCCUCGUGGGUCCCAACGUGCUGUACUAGCUCACCUGGGUAAUGGCAUCUCUGGAGAGCCUGUUUUGCCGGGCUCCGUGUCCACCACUCUACGUGCUGUUCCCGUUUCACAGAGAAGAAAUCUACAGGGCGGAGGAGUUCAAUAGCCAGCCCAAGGUCAUGCAGCUAAUAGGAGGCAGAACAGGGACUUGAAUCAGGCUCUCUCCACUCUGAAGACGGGGUCCUGGAUUUCUGCUCUAAGUUUCCUCAUUAGGGUCCCAGGCAGGCCCGAAUGUCAGUUCUCUGCCCUCAGGUGUGCCAUGUUAUGGGAGCACUGCUUUGUGAUAAAAUGAAAUGCAUUUUACUUACUCUG